UGUUCUUUUGUCAGUUUUUGUCUAUGAAGUAUUGAACUAAUUGAACUAGCCGAAAAAUGGCUGCUGUUAAUUUUGUGCGAAGUGCUUUUAAUGGUUUAUUACGAAAAUCCACGACAUACAAUUCCGCAACAAUAUGCAGACUAUCCACAGUAGCUUUGCAACAAAAAAUUCCCAUUAAAUCUAUCGCCAGCGCUUAUAAUUUUGAGCACACAUCGAAUGUGGUACUAAACCAGCGACAAUACGCCACCGGGCCAGUUCAUAAGAUAACAGAGUCGGAGAUCCAAGACCGAGUGCUCAAAGUGUGCAAGGCUUACGACAAACUCGUUUCAGUACAGAGUCGGAAAAUCGUUCGCACCUACAGCCACGCGCCCCCGAUUACACUCGAUCUUCUCAGGCAAAGAGUGAUUCUAGUACUCCAACUUUAUGACAAAAUUAAUCCUGAAAAGUUGUCCCUAGACUCACACUUUAUGACUGACCUGGGGUUGGACUCGCUAGACCAUGUAGAAAUCAUCAUGGCGAUGGAGGAUGAAUUUGGUUUCGAAAUCCCAGACGGAGAUGCAGAAAGACUUGUUAGACCUAGAGAUAUUGUUCAGUACAUUGCUGAUAAAGAAGACAUUUAUGAUUGAACAAAUACAGUAAUAAUAAAUCAUUUGUAAUGUUAGACCAAAUGUGUUAUAACCAAUAAAUACUCUGCCAAAGUUGUAUUGCUAACCCUCUGCAUAUUUGUUAUUACAGAUAAAUAAAGUUGUAAAGUGCAAAUAUUAUAGAUGCAGCAAUGUUUACUUUGAAAAUCUAGUAUUAGUUUAUUACAUAACUCGUGAGCUGUCUAUUACUCUUUUAGUAUGGAAUGGACUAACUCUUAUAAUCUGUGGGUUGAUUCAGAUAAAGCUGCAUCAAUCAUUAUUAAAAUUUCAAUUGCUGUAAUUGGUUGAAUUUAUGAUAUUUUUGCUGCAGCAAUGUAUUUUAGCAAAUAGUAACAGUGUUGGGGUCAUACUAGUUGUCAAACUACCGUGGUAGGGCUCCUGUUGAUUUGUUCAAUUCAUCUAGAAUUAAUCCAUACAGAUAACAGGUGAACUAUUUCCACACAAAAGUUUGAAACUUUGCAGCUCAGAUGAGGUCACAGUAGCCCAAAACCCAAAAUACUGUGAUAAUAAAUAAAAAUUAUCAGUACUUAGCAGUUAAAUGUUAUAUUGACACAUUUGGUCUAAAUUAUUUGUGAUUGGGUUUAGUAAAUAGAACAGAUAUGUUAUAUUCAUUUAAGAAGAAACCCUGUGAACUUGGUAAAACAUCUAAUAUGGGAUGUAUAAAGUGUAAAUUGUUUUUAUUGAUUAUAUGGCUGUUAGAAUAGAUCAUUUGCUUUUUAUUUGAUCAAAUGUAAACCUACUAUUUGUUUGCUUCAAUAAACGAAGUUCUAAGUUCA